AUGGGGAUAGUACAGAACAAUGACUUGUUGAUGGAUGUGGACGCAAUGGACUUCGUUGACGAUUCGUCGAGCGAGAUAUCAGACACCAGCAAUACCCCAGUGGGAAUUGCUGACCAGUCGUUUGACAGAGACCCUGUAACGGGAGAAAUAAGUAUGAAACUGACCUCUGUUUGUGAAUUACCCCUGCGGAAGGGCGAGCUUGGUCACUUGAAGUUUAAGUUGGGACCUGUCGCUUCCAGUAAUGUGGCAUUUUUGACCAUGGAGAACCAACAUACAAUCUACCCGGUGAGAAUACCACGCUUGGAUACAAGUGCCCGCUUUUCUGAAUACAUCAAGAAGCUGUUCGAGAUUUACGAAUCGCUUGGAGACGACAGAGCGUACUCGAUCCCCACCAUUGGGGUGAUCAACACCGAUUCUCAAAAUGAGCAUGUUGCUGCUGUCAACCUCGCGAUGGACGCACUCGUUUCAGAACUGGAAAUGUUUAUCGACGCUCUCAAAGAAGACGAUAGAUACCUGACGCGGUUUUUGGAGCUCGAGGAAAGCUUGACAAUUUUGAACUGCCUGCGAUUGAAUUACUUCAUCAUCGAUUCCCCUGAUUCGGAGAGCAUACGAGAUAACUUCACUACUUCGUUGCUGAAGUGGGUCAACCGGUCCGAUGGCGAGCCCAACUCAGACUACAUCGAGCAAGUGUUUCAAUUGGCGUCCCCCGAAAAGCAAGUAUUUGAAACGUCUUUCUUUUGGAAACUUCUAAAUCAGCUGCUCCUGAGAGGACUUUUCCAACAGGCGGUGGGCUGCAUUGAAAGAUCUGAGCUCAUACCGUACUUGGAAAAGACAUGUGACGUAUCCGCCUCUGCGGUGAUAAACUUGGUUCAGCUGGUGAACCAGUAUCCCUUAGAGAAUGCGGACACUUUCAGAGAAUGGAAGUCGCUAACGCUUGAGCUGUCGCAAAAUUUUGCAAACAGCGAAACUGAUAUAGGUACAGAAUUGCGGGGUUAUUUGGAGGACACGUUGCUGCUAGUGAGUGGUAACGAGGAUAAAAUUGUCCGUUACUCGAGAACUUGGUAUGAGUCCUUUUGUGGGUUUCUACUAUACUAUAUCCCGUCUCUAGAGCUGGCUCCGGAAUACCUAGAGAUCUCGUUGAAGAAUAACCCUCUAGACAUAACAAACAGUUGGGAACGCAGCUGUGCUGAUAUAAUAAAAGGUAGCGUGUACUCCAUUCUGCCCGUCUUAGAGUCUCUGGAUGCGUGCACUGCCUCCUUCACGGCGGCGUUGGUGGAGGCAAAGGGUCUGCUGGAAACCAAUUUUGCAAAUGAAUUGGAACAGUCGGAGGAUAACCUCUUUUCAAAUGGUAUGGCGAACUAUAUGUUGAGCAACUUUGCCUUGGAAUUGUGUUCUAUGGAUGACAAAUCGUUAUGGCCUGUGGCAAUCGGUAUUAUCAGUCUAGUUCCCUCUGUGAGCACGAGCGCCAAAAAAGCUGCUAUAUCGGAACUUUUGGAACAUUACCCUUUCAAAACGAACGACGACAUUGAGUGGCUACUGAGUGUUUGUGCACAAUGGAAACUACCAGAGGUUGCCAAAUCUGUCUACACAAUGCUUGGUACGUCUAUGAUAAACGAGGGGAAGACAAUCGAAGCGAUGACAAAUUUCAGCAAAGCUGGGAAGUUUGAUUUAGUGAAGGACUUUUCUUGGACUCUGUUCGAGGCGUCCGCUUUACAGGGCUCCCCACUGGGUGACGAAAUCCUAGACUCUAUUGUCAGCACAGGUAUGCUUGAUAGCAACCACAACAUGGUUAUAUCGGAUGAAAUAUUGGACACAUUGGUAACAGACGCGAUGAGGCAGGCGCUUGCCCCCUACGCCGUGUUAUUCAGAUUCUACGAUGCGCAACAGCAAGGGAAUUCAGAUUUGGCACUGGAGUUGUUGAUGCUGCUGAUCACGUUCCCAUACCUACCGGACUGCUACUUCGUUCUAUUGGUUUGCAAGUUUCUGUACCCUAUUUUCCUCCUAAACGAUUCCACCGUCAUAGAUGAGGCGACAGUACUGACGAUCAUGAACGCCAUCGAGACGAAAUGGAACUCUAUAGAUGAAAAAUCACAAAACAUUUAUGAUGAGGUGGUUUCGAAGGACGAUAAAGAUUUGAGGACGGUCCUACCGGACGAUUUGGACGAUUUGUUGAAGAGAGUCCGGCAGAAGCUGAGCUUCAAGCUAUGUCAAGAGUUUAUGUAG